CGGUCCUGCGCGUUGUCACCUCGUCCGUCGUCCGGCUCGCUUCGGCGGGGAUGCUGCAAGAAGCGAUGGAGUUCAAGUCUCCCAAAGACACUCGAGCGUCGGCCGGGGUUUGAGAGAUAAAACACGGACGCCGAGCCGAAUACGAAGCGAUAAAGACAAUUAAAACAAAGAUUUUGGAGAUGAAGCUGCUGAAGCCGAGCUGGGUCAGCCACAACGGCAAACCCAUCUUUUCUGUUGACAUUCACCCGGAUGGAACCAAAUUUGCAACCGGCGGGCAAGGGGAGGACUCGGGGAAGGUGAUGAUCUGGAACAUGGCGCCUGUCCUCCGCGAGGAAGAUGAGAAGAAUGAGAACGUUCCCAAAAUGCUUUGCCAGAUGGACAAUCACCUCGCGUGCGUGAACUGCGUGCGCUGGUCCAACAACGGGCUGUACCUUGCAUCCGGAGGGGACGACAAAUUGGUGAUGGUGUGGAAACGAGCCGCGUUCAUCGGUCCGAGCACGGUGUUUGGCUCGAGCAGCAAACUGGCCAAUGUGGAGCAGUGGAGAUGCGUCACCAUUUUGAGGAACCACACUGGAGAUGUCAUGGAUGUCGCCUGGUCUCCCCACGACGUGUGGCUGGCGUCAUGCAGCGUGGAUAACACCAUCGUCAUCUGGAAUGCGCGCAAAUUCCCCGAGAUGGUGACGUGCCUGCGCGGCCACACGGGCCUGGUCAAGGGCCUGACGUGGGACCCCGUGGGCAAGUACAUCGCCUCGCAGGCCGACGACCACAGCCUGAAAGUGUGGCGGACCCUCGACUGGCAGAUGGAGGCCAACAUCACCAAGCCUUUCAGCGAGUGCGGCGGCACCACCCACGUCCUGCGUCUGUCGUGGUCCCCCGACGGCCAGUACCUGGUGUCGGCGCACGCCAUGAACAACUCGGGGCCCACGGCGCAGAUCGUGGAGCGCGACGGCUGGAAGACCAACAUGGACUUUGUGGGCCACAGGAAAGCUGUCACGGUGGUGAAAUUCAACCCAAAGAUCUUCAAGAAGAAGCAGAAGAACGGCAGUUCUUCGAAGCCCAGUUGUCCGUACUGCUGCUGCGCCGUGGGCAGCAAGGACCGCUCGCUCUCCGUCUGGCUGACCUCCCUCAAGCGGCCCCUGGUCGUCAUCCACGAUUUGUUUGACAAAUCCAUCAUGGACAUCUCCUGGACUCUGACGGGCUUGGGCAUGUUGGUGUGCUCCAUGGACGGUACGGUGGCCUACCUGGACUUUUCACUGGACGAACUCGGAGACCCCCUGAGCGAGGAAGAGAAGAACACCAUCCACCAGAACAUCUACGGCAAGAGCCUGGCCAUCACCAGCACGCAAGAGCCGCAGCUGGCCACCACCAUCAUCGAGAACCCGGAGAUGCUCAAGUACCAGCAGGAGAGGCAGAGCUCGGCCCAGAACAACUCGGCGGCGGCCUGCGCCGAUUCCUCGGCGCCCAAGCUCAACAGCGUGAUGAACGGAGAAUCUCUGGAGGACAUCAGGAAGAACCUGCUGAAGAAGCAGGUGGAGACCCGAACCCCCGACGGCAGAAGACGGAUCACGCCCCUGUGUAUCGCUCAGCUGGACACCGGGGACUUCUCGCCGGCGCUCUUCAACAGCGUCCCCAUCCUGCCGUCCUCCUUGUCCAACCAGCUGCCCCCUCAGCUCAGCGCCGACCCCGCCCCAGGGCAGGCGGCGGUGGCGGCCGCCGCCUCGCUGGCGGGGCUGCGGCCCAACCUCGACCCCGCGCUNNCCCCACCGCCGCCCGCCAACGCGACCCCCAAGGGCCUGGAGGACACCAAGGACCAGGUCCUCCCGUCCGGCGUCAAGGCCGGUCUGCUGCUGGCGUCCGCCUCCAAGAUCGAGCCGAUGAAGGCCUUGGACUCCAGGUUCACGGAAAGAUCCAAGACCACGCCGGGCGUCCCCGCCGCCAUCUCCUCGACGGUCGGUCUGCCGCCGCUCGACAGGCCCAAAGACGUGGCGGCGUCCGUCCUGAAGGACGCCAAGGCCAAAGACGACACCAGCAGCGACAGCGAGGACAAGAUGGCCUCCAUCAACAAGAACCUGGCUUUGUGCAAGCGCAAACCCGAGCCGCUGAUGUUGGACGCGGCCGAGGUGGUGGAGAAGCGCAAGAAGGGGCGGCCUCGCAAGGACAAAAUGGCGCCGCCCAUCAUGAGCCAGUCCUUCACGCAGCUCAUUUCUCCUCCUGAGCGGGAGCCCAUUAGGGCGGCGUCCGUGGCGGCGCCGCCCACUCCGGCGCCAACAGCCGCCCCCAAGCUGCCGACGCCCAGCUUACAGAAGGCCUUCAACAUGCAGGUGAGCGUGGAGCCGGCGGUCUUCCUGGAGGUGGAGAACGAGGUGACGUCGGCGGCCGGCUCCAGGCUCAGUCAGCUGCGGUGCUCCCGAGACGGCCGCGAGUGGAACACGCUGCUGCCCGCCUCCGUGGUGGCGGCAGCGGGGAGCGGCGACGUUCUGGCCGUGGCGUGCCAGGACGGGAUGUUGUCGGUGUUCUCGUCCUGCGGCCGCCGCCUCCUUCCGUCCAUCCAGUUGCCGUCGGCCGUGUCCGCCCUCAACUGCUCGGCCCACUUCGUCAUGGCGCUGACCGCCGGGGCCACGCUUUCCGUCUGGGACGUCUAUAAGCAGAAGGCUCUGGUCAAAAACGAGUCCCUGACCGCCAUCUUGUCCGGUUCGGAGGUGACGGUGUCGCAGUCCCUGCUGACUCAGCAGGGCGUCCCGGUCAUCGGCCUGUCCAACGGCAAGUCCUUCUGCUUCAGCUCAUCCCUGGAGACGUGGACACUGAUCGCCGAUCGAGGAGAUUGUCUGGUCCAGUGCGCCGAUUUCCGCAGUUGCCUCCCUACCCAGGAUGCAGCUGGCUGCUCCUCGGGGCCUCUGGCCACCCUGCAAGGACGCAAUCUCAACGCCGGCCGCAUGGCGUCGCGCCUGUCGGCCGCCCCGCACCACCUGCAGCAGAGCAUGACUUUGGCCUUCCUGGAGAACCAGCUGGCGGCGGCUCUCGCGCUGCGCUCGGCGCCGGAGUAUCGCUACUGGCUGCUCAUCUACGCGCGCUUCCUCGUCAACGAAGGCUCGGAGUUUCGGCUGCGGGAACUUUGUAAGGAGCUCCUGGGUCCCGUUCACAAGUCGGCCGCGACGGCCUGGGAGGCCACCACGCUGGGUUUGCACAAGCGGGAGCUGCUGCAGGAAGUCCUGCCCGUCAUCGGAGAAAACCUGCGAUUCCAAAGACUGUUCACCGAGUAUCAGGACCAGCUGGAGCAGUUACGCAACAAAUAACACGCACCUUUUGCAUUUGGCUCGCUCCUCGACUCGGGGACCCCCCCUCCCCCGCACGGGGCGAGGCCCGCCGGCAAUCGGCGCCGCACUAACGGGUGACGUCGGAGCUCGUCGUCUUGUCCAAUCAGCGCUUCACCGGAACCUUCCUCGUCCUCGUCUAUGCAGCGAUCGUGAUCAUGAGCGCGACACGCUUGAACCAAAGCGAUGCCUUCGGGUGUGGAGGGCGUCCACACUUCUGCCAGUCAGGAGCAGAACUCUCUCUCUCUCUUUGCCUCUUUGGUUUUCUCUCAGAAAAUCACCCGAGCGGAACCUUUUAAGUGGCACUCGGCAUUCGUUGUCGGCCAUCACCGCCCUCCCGACGGUCACGUCGGUAACUGGCGGACUCAUCAAUAACCGGUGGGAUCUUGUCCGUAACUUGCUAUGACGCACUUUGUAGCAGGUGCUGAACGCACGCAAAGCACGCGGUCGUCCAGCUUCGACGCAACGCGAAUGAUUUCAUGCUCGAUGUAAAGAAGGGAAGGCGUCACGUACAAACAUGUCCACGCGCGGCGAGGUAGGAAUUGCUUUCGUUUGAAGAUUUCUUUUUUUCCAGACGAUGAUUCCCCCGCCGCCUUGGGUGAAGAGGAAAACUCUUACCUGGCUGACAGUUUCGGCUGCCGCUUCAGCCGUCAUCGGAGCUGUCGAUACCUCCUGGCGACGUGUCUCGGAAACAGCCGACCGGGUCGGAAAACCUUAAAAUGGCUCCGAUGAAGGCCGAAGCAACAGCUGAAACUGUCAGCCGGGUUCAUGUUUUUUUUUCUCUCUACCCACCCGCCACCCCCAAAAAAAGAAAGACCAUUCUCUGAAGGAAAAAAAAAAACAACUAUUUUAACCAUAAGUAGACAAGAACAACGCCAUAGCACUUUGUUUUUCUGACCAAGUGUGACUCUGUCCAUAUCGGAUGCAGAUGCAUCUGGAACUGGUGCGAACUUGUCCCAACCAGACGCAAGCGCGUCCAGAUCAGCUGUGAAUGUCAGGGGCGGGCGGGGGGCGGGGCGUGAACGUGUCCACACCACGUAUGAAUUCUGUGAGCUUUUCCGCACCGGUGAAGAUUUCACACCUGCCGGAAAGAUGUUCACGGCUCCAUAUCGAUGCAGUACCGAGUCGGAACUAUUCCUGUUCAUGGCGGGUGUGGACGGCAGCACCAUCGGGUGUGAAGAUGCUCCGACGUCCCGUCUGAAGCCAUUUU